AUGGCAGAGCACAGACAAAUAAGGGGAAUGCUCAAGAAGCCAUGGGACACCGCUCGGGAGGUCCCAAUCAUUGAAGAUGCACAGACACCCUGGAAAAUUAUCAAAAUACUCAGGACCAUCUCUGUGUCUGCAGUAGCGAUCACCGUGUUUGGAUUGGCACUAUGCAGCAAGACAUCUUUCCUUCUCCUCAUCACUUUGUCCAAUGAAGACACACAGACCCUCUCAGCAGAGCAGAAACCCCUCGCACUUCUAUGUAUUGGUUGCGCUAUCGUUUCAUCAAGUGUCCUUCUGUUCCUGAAAAGCAUUUGGAAAGCAUGCUACAAAACCUCAAAGCUUCCGAGAAAGUCAACUGUAGCCCUGGUUUUGUUCUUUGAGUUUCUGGUUUCUUUUGGUGUAGCAGUUCUCACCAUUGUGACGAUGCCACACUUAGACAUUGUGACCAACGUGACUCUACUGAAUGCUGUUGCUAUCCUCUCUGCGCUCCUACAAGCAGUUGCUCAGUGUGCUGCCAAGGAAUGCAACCGCUUCCUGAUUUCCCCUAUCAUUGCCUUCAUCCUCAUUUUGCUAGGUUACUGUCUGUUUGUUGCAUUAUACAUUAUGAAGGACCCUACUGAUACGAAGAUGACCGUUUGGGUGGGUCUUGCUGUUGGUGCUUCUUUCUUGGUGGCCUUUAAUUGGUGGGAGAACUAUGUAAGACUGAUCUGUGAGAAGAGUAGAUCCUGCUUCCUCAAGAACCUGUUCAAAGACAUGACAAAGUGCCAGAACAUUCUGCACAUCCUCACCAGCCUGCUGAGGAUCGUGGUGACCACCUGUGUACUUGGAGCUUAUGUUCCUCUGGCCAAACUGGACUGGCACCUAUUGACCUCCGCUUCAAGCUUACAGAAAAGGGUUAUAAUUUUCAUCAUUGGGGUCCAGCUGAUCUCCUCC